UGCAGUCUAUAGCAGAGUGACAACUGACAAGUCCACGGGGAGAUCACCGAGAUUUCUCAGAUGGCCGGAGACACCACCCGGCGUCGAGCCGCCGCUUCCACGAGCCGCGGGAGUCCCUCCUCCUCAGAACCAGAUCUUCGGGCUGCCGCCUCCGCCGCCGCCGCAGCGCGGCGUAGCGGCCGCGGCGACCAUGGGCCCCUGCGCCUCAUGGCCGUGAGCGUCCGAACCCUCCUUUUCUUAGGGAUUGCUUCCGCGGCCCUCCUCGCCGUCGCCUUCGUGGCGUAUACCGGCGGGUGGUGGGAGGAUUCGGAGUCGGAGGAGGCCGCUGCGCUGCGCAGGAUGGCGCGCUCCGUCACGCCGCUUGACGCGCCCCUGAUGAUGGAUCUGCCUCAGUUCCAAGGCGAUCACAAGGAAAGCUUAUACUGGGGUACUUACAGGCCAAAUUUAUAUCUGGGAAUUCGUGCUAGAACACCGAUGUCUCUCAUUGCUGGGUUGAUGUGGAUUGGCGUGAAAAAUGGACAGUAUUUUCUUCGUCAUGUUUGCCAAGAUUCUGAUGAGCUUAGCACGUAUGGGUGGUCAGAUCAUAAUGGUAGGGAUUAUGGACGUCAAGAGUUGGUUGACCAUGGCUUACUGUUGACCACUAGCUUCCUAAAAGUGAAAGGAGAGGGCAGUGGCUAUGGUGGAGACUGGGCAGUUCGACUGGAUGCUAACCAUGAAAGGUCAAGUCUAAGCGAAGCUGAAGAAAGCACCACACAUCUGUUCUUCUAUAUUGCCGACGAAGCAGGGAAGUCGAUCACUAUGGGCUCGCAUGAGCCUUCUUCAAGAGGUCCUCUUCUUUUGGCAUCAGGGUCACAUGAAGAUGUUGGUGAUUGGGAAGUCCACUUGAGAUCUGAGGACAAUUUGGAAAUUCACAGAUCUGGAUUCCAGUCGACUAAUAUGCAUAAUCUAAGUGACCUAGUUCAACACACCCUUGCGACUAAUGCAAUGCAAAGUGGGAACCUUAACCUGCCUGACAUGACGGAAGACUCUGCAAAUAUAAUGAUAUAUCAGGUUUCAAUAAAACUUCCUGCCAAAAUAGACAUAGUGUUCUUGUCAGGGACUGGCUCAAAAGAUCCAAUGAUUGCGGAACGUGUUAAUAGGCUAACAGGACGCACGCUGAGCACCUCCCUUGAAUCAAAACGGAAGGAUUUUGAAGAGAGAUAUGAUCAAAUUUUUAAUGUAAAUAAUAAGAUCGUUUCCAAAGAACUAUCUGUUGGUAGAUCUGCCUUAUCAAGUCUUCUUGGAGGUAUUGGCUACUUCUAUGGGCAGUCAAAAAUUGCACUUCCAAAAGGUUUUUCACAAAAAAAUGGGGAUAAAUAUAUUCCAUAUUGGCCCGCUGCGCUAUAUACAGCUGUGCCAAGUCGUUCUUUCUUCCCUAGGGGAUUCCUGUGGGAUGAGGGCUUCCACCAGUUAGUCAUUUGGCGUUGGGAUGCGCAUAUAUCCAUGGAUAUAAUUGGUCAUUGGUUAGAUCUAAUUAACGCAGAUGGGUGGAUUCCUCGAGAGCAAAUAUUAGGAGCUGAAGCUUUAAGUAAGGUUCCUGAGGAGUUUGUUCUGCAGUACCCUUCCAAUGGAAACCCUCCGACCUUAUUUCUUGCGCUACGUGACUUGGCGAGUGGCAUACAUGCACACCAGUUUUCAGAUGAGGAAGCUGAAAAGAUAUCCACUUUCCUUAAAACGGCUUAUGUACGGCUGAAUUCUUGGUUUCAGUGGUUCAACAGUACACAAUCAGGGAAAUAUGAAGGAGCCUUUUUUUGGCAUGGAAGAGACAACAUGACAACAAAAGAAUUAAACCCAAAGACUUUGACAUCUGGGUUGGAUGACUAUCCUCGUGCAUCUCACCCCAAUGAUGAAGAACGCCAUGUUGACCUCCGCUGUUGGAUGCUUCUAGCUACAAAUUGUAUGAGCUCAAUUGCAGAGUUUCUUAAAAUGGAUAGCUCUCUUGAGAAGGAUUACAAUAAGAUGUUGGAUCAACUUUCAGAUUUUGGGACACUCAACAAGAUGCACUUGGAUGAGAAAAUCGGUGCCUAUUUUGACUAUGGUAACCAUACAGAAAAGGUUCGAUUGAGAUGGUAUGAAGUGAACAACAAGGGUGUUAUGAGACGUGAACUCUUGAGAGAGACAUUACAACCCCCUCAGAUGCAAUUAGUACCUCAUGUUGGUUAUGUAAGCCUUUUCCCAUUUAUGAUGGGGGCUAUUCCACCUGAAUCAUGGGUUCUUGAGAAACAGCUCGACCUUAUAUCUAACAGUUCUAUCUUAUGGACGGAUUAUGGCCUUCGGUCCCUUUCUAGAACAAGUUCAAUAUAUAUGAAGCGUAAUACGGAGCAUGACGCCCCGUACUGGAGAGGUGCUAUUUGGAUAAACAUGAACUACAUGAUUCUUUCAGCACUCCAUCACUAUGCACACGAGGACGGCCCGUACAUGAGCAGGGCAGGGCAAUUGUAUGGUGAUCUAAGAUCAAACCUGAUCCGGAACAUCGUGCAGAAUUACCAUGAAACUGGGUUCUUCUGGGAGAACUAUGACCAGAAGAACAAAGGGAAGGGAAAGGGUGCAAGGUCGUUUACAGGAUGGACUUCACUUGUUGUUCUGAUCAUGUCCGAGUCCUACCCAUCAUUGCACAGGUGAGAUACAGUAUAUGCCAAGCAGCCACACAGAAGAUAUCGAUCCCAAUUGGAAUGGAAGGCCUUGGCCAUUGUUGAGCCUUGUUUUGGCCGAGAUACAGUGGGAAGACUGGGCCAUAGCGUUGCUGGUUCAAUCAGUCUUUGGACAAUAACUCCUUACAUCUGGGCUUCGAAAUGCCAUGAGAUGUAUAAGCAUCUAGAAAAGUAGAGAAAUUGAUACAACCGAUUAUGCUUGUGAUCUGUCAAGGAGCAAUGACACGGUGCGCACAGUACCAUUUACUAAGAGCAGGCAAAAUCUGGCUCCGAAGUUCCAAUCAUGGCCUGAUCUACACCUGCAACCGGAGGAAAUUGCAUAAAUCACCCAUCAUUGGACAUGUUGCGCAAAAAAACCAUUAUUUGUCUUUUUUUUCCUGCAAAACACUUAGUAUCAGUCUAAUAUGUUGCACAUAA